GAAUGUUGUUUCCAAGAACCAUGGUGUCCUCGUCUCACUGCCCUCAGACCUGAUUAACGUGGACGGAGAGCCUCCGUGCACUGCAGCAGAGGUGGCCCUGGCACCAAGCUCUCCGGGGAGUGCCUUUGCACAACUUCCAGGGCGUGUGUCUCAAAGCAGACCUAAGUCUCCGGAGGAAAACGAGAGCCGUCUUGAAUUAUGUUGGGAGAGAAACGAGUUUCCACAUGUUUUAUGAGACACCAGCAAGUGCUUAAUGCCAUUUCAUUCUCGCAGGGGUUUAAUCACCAGCUUCAGACACAGUUCCUCAGAGAAGUCACAGAAGAAGAAGAAGAAAAGGCCAAUUGAGAGUCCCCUGAAAUGAUCUCGAGCCUCUACGACAUUUUCCAGGCUGGCCUCGCUUCACUCUCACAUCUGAAAUGCCUCGUGAAACGCCGUGGGGCGGGGCUCCGUCACAGCUGUCUUUGUUUUCCCCCUGGCUUAGCCGUUCAGACUUCACAGCAUUGCAUCCCGGCAGCCCUGCUGGAUUUGGAGAAACUACCGCCUUGGCAUCUGGCCUGCUUCCCGAGAACACGAUGCGAUGUUGUCAGCACGGGCCAGUCCUAACCCUUGACGGGAUGUUUGCCUCAUUCCGGGCGCUUGAACACUCGGCGUAGGGAGAAGAGAACGGAAAGCACUGCUUGCCGGCACCUUGCUGCGUUCCCAGCCUGAGCGCGCCGCCCUUCCCAUGUCACUUGGUCAGACUGGGGUGAGGGACGCGCUGGGCCAACAGCAGCCGCACGGAUUCGCCACGUGCGACUCGGUUGCAGCGUUAGGAAACGUGUCUGGACGGACCUGCUCCUCUGCUCCCUGCGUUGCCGCUGUCUGAGACGAGCCGAGCGCGGACAGCGCGAGCAACUCCACCUGCCCUGCCCGCAGCAUGGAGGAAGAGCGGCCCGGGGGACUGGAGGGCCAUGGCAACCUGAAGCUUGUCUUCACGGUGGCUUCGGCGGUGAUGGUGGGCCUGGUCAUGUUCUCUUUCGGAUGUUCUGCGGAAAUCCGGAAGCUCUGGCUACACCUCAGGAGACCCUGGGGCAUCGCGGUGGGAUUGCUCUGCCAGUUUGGCCUCAUGCCUCUCACGGCCUAUCUGCUGGCCGUCGGCUUCAGCCUGAAACCCAUCCAAGUCAUCGCUGUCCUCAUCCUGGGGUGCUGCCCCGGGGGCACCGUCUCCAACAUCCUCACCUUCUGGGUUGAUGGAGAUAUGGAUCUCAGCAUCAGCAUGACAACCUGCUCCACCGUGGCCGCCCUGGGAAUGAUGCCCCUCUGCCUUUACCUCUACACCCGGACCUGGACACUUGCACAGAACCUCACCAUCCCCUAUCAGAGCAUAGGGAUUACCCUCGUGUCCCUGAUUGUUCCCGUGGCCUUCGGCGUCUACGUGAAUCAUAGGUGGCCAAAGCGAGCGAAAGUCAUCCUUAAGGUCGGGGCCGCUGCUGGUGGCGUUCUCCUUCUGGUGGUGGCAGUUACCAGUGUGGUCCUGGCAAGGGCAUGGAAUCUCCCUGACGUCACUCUCCUGAUCAUCAGCUUCAUUUUUCCUUUGGUCGGCCAUGUCAUGGGCUUCCUGCUGGCAUUCCUCACCCACCAGUCUUGGCAAAGAUGCAGGACGAUUUCCAUUGAGACGGGAGCUCAGAACAUCCAGCUGUGCAUUGCCAUGCUGCAGCUGUCCUUCACGGCCGAGGACCUGGUCCAGCUGUUUAACUUCGCGUUGGCCUACGGACUCUUCCAAGUGCUGCACGGGCUGCUCAUGGUCGCAGCAUAUCAGGCCUACAAGAGGUGGCAGAAGAGCAAAGCCGGGAGGCAGCCCCCGGGGCGGCCGGAGGCCUGCGGUGACAAGAACCCCGGGGAGACCAGUGUUUUCCUGGAGGAAGGUGACGGCGCGGGCGUAGCCCUGGGGCCGCUGAGCUGAGCACCCGGCUUCCUUCCCGUGGAUGGUGGGGGCCGAGGUGGACCGCAGUGAGCAGCAGGCGCCUCCCCGCGGAGCUGGCCUCCCGCUGUGGAUUUUAACUCCAACUGCAGGACAGAGCGUCCCCGCCACCUCCCGACUUCCGGCAGACGCUUUGGAGCACUAGGGAAGAGAAGAUGAGCUUCCACGACGGGACUCCCAAGCGAUGAAGCAUCCUUUAAUAAUUUCGAGGACGCGUGUAAUGCCAGCGGGCUGGUUCCUUCUCCCGAGAGGGACAGAUACGCGCCUGCCCAAAACGAGGGAUGUGUGCGCAUGCGCAGCCCCCGGGUCGCCUGUGCACCAAACCACCUGAAAAGCCUGGAGCCUGUGUCCUGGGUGCUCUGCCAGUCGAUCGCCGACGGCUUCAGAGCAUCUUAACACAUCCUCGAUACCUACCUCACUCUUUAGAACGGCGGCUGCACCCACGGGCGGCGUUCUACAGGACUGUAACUUAUUCAGCUGCUCCGGAUUACUGCGUCCUUUCGACCUGUGAAACAUCUCAUUAAAGUCGUGAUUUUAA